CGUGGAACGGUUGCUGUUGGUGUAGACAAGUCACGUAUAAAUAUAGUUCGUUGAAGCUCGUUUCUUUCGUUAUUGACUGCAGGGAGAGUAACGUUAUUUAGUCUGUUUGUGCAUUUGCUUUAUCGUUAGGCGUUUGUUUCAUGUUGUGAACUAGGCUACCCUUUUCAUUUAAAAUCCACCGUUUCACAUAAGAAUGAGUGAUAACGAUGAUAUCGAAGUCGAUAGCGACGAAGACCCAUCGAGAUAUCACAAUGUGGCUGACAAACGAGCACACCACAAUGCACUGGAGCGCAAGCGUAGGGAUCACAUCAAAGACAGCUUUCACAGCCUGCGAGAUUCCGUGCCCGCCUUGCAAGGGGAAAAGGUUGGUAGAGAGCAAUCUAUCAAACAGGCGUCCCGAGCUCAGAUCCUAGACAAAGCCACGGACUAUAUCCAGUACAUGAGGAGGAAAAACCACACCCACCAGCAGGACAUCGACGACCUGAAGAGGCAGAACGCACUGCUGGAGCAGCAAGUGCGUGCCCUGGAGAAGGUGAAGGGUUCGACGCAGCUCCAGGCCAGCUACAGUUCUUCAGACACCAGCCUGUACACCAACCCUAAAGGCAGCGCUGUGUCCGCUUUCGACGGAGGCUCUGACUCCAGCUCAGAGUCCGAGCCAGAGGAACCCCCAGCCCCCAGGAAGAAGCUCCGCGUGGAGGCCAGCUAGGACUCUGGGCAAGCCCACAGUGCCACGCCUGGUGUGGAGGGGUACUGCAGGCACGGGUACUGGUCCAGUAGUCAGUACUUAUCCUGUAAUUCCCACUACAUUCUUUCUCUGGAUGUGCUCACUGGAUAGUGAAGACUCCAAUCCUUCCCUCAUGAUCUGUCUAUCCUGAAGUCUCUUCAUCACGCCAUCCGCUGGAGAGGGAGGGAGGGAAGACAGCCGAGAGGAAGAACAAUCUCUCCCCUUUCCUCUCCUCUCUCAGCAAUGUCAACUAUCCAAAACUCUCUCCUCCCAGUGGAAGGCUACGGAGAGAAGAGGCGUACUCCUCCAAGCACUGCUGAAAUAUUAUUAUUAUUUUUUGUGUUUUUUUGUCUUUGUCUGUUUUAGAAUUUACACAGGUCAAGAAGAGUCGUCCUGUCUGUUGGAGAAGCUUACCUUUUUUUAAAACCAUUUUUUAAAACCAACUUUUUUUCCACAAAAAGAAUUUGAAGCUAAAUAUUGAUCUAAAACUGAAAGAAAAACCCACCUCAGGCCCAUAGAAACCCACCUCAGGCCCAUAGAAUUAGUUUUCCAUUUUGACACGCGGUGAAAUUAAAACCAAUAUAAUCCCCUUUGUAGAAAAUCGUUGAUGUUUUGGGAAAAAGGACUAGAUUCCUUCCGUCUUUUAGCUUGAACUAGUGAAUGAGUUUAGGUGGCUGAGUCAGUGAUCUCCAUGUUUUAAAUAAAUACAAACGUUAUUGAUUGUAUGUUUUCAAGUUCUCAAAAAAUGUUAUGCAUUUUGUAUUCUCACAAAUUUGUCACUUGUAGUUGUGCUUCAAAGGUAUAAAAUAGAUAUGAAUGUCAAUGUAGUUCCCAUUUUCUAUUCAAUUUGAGGAGAAAAUGACGUCCCUGUCAAGGUGUUGUGAAUUACACAGUGAACUCUUAAUGUCGGCGACUCCCCAAGUUAAAAAAAGAAAAGCAUUUUGCGUCUCUAGGAAAUGUGUGUAUGUAUAUCUUUUCAAUGAUCUCCCUCCCUCCCCCCUUUUAGGGUAUAAUUAGUGUAAACUAAAUCAUCUUUGUCUGAUUCCAUUCCAUGGAAAUUACAAGUAUGUUGUACAUACUGCCAACAAUCGUCUUGCAAGUUGAGGCCUACCUUUACUAUGAGACUAUAAAUAAAACUAUUUUAUCCUUUAAAAA